UAUGUUUUCUCGGCGUCUCCUUUUCCUCUGUCCUCGCGCGUCUGUCUUCCUUCAAAUCGUGAAGAAUGAUUAGCAUAAAUGAGAUGGGAACUUUCCAGCAGGAGUGAUCAAGAGUGCGAGUGUGCAAACAGAACAGCAUAAAAAGAGGAAAAAAACAUCAAGGGAGAUCAAAAAGUUUGAGUAAAGACAGCUUUUCGAGACUGAAAAUGAAACUGGAGGAGGUGUAGCGACCUCUUAUCAGUCAUCUGCUAUAGAGGGCCGUGGGGCAAACAGAGGUCAGAACCAAAGAGCAAUUAAACCCACAAUCACAUCAGAUGGAGGUGGAUGUAGCAGAUGAGAAUCGCCAUUGCACACGCUCAAAAGUACCUCUGGAGCCAGCGAUUCAAGAGUUAUUCAGUGUGUAUGGCUGUCCUAUCACCAAGAAGAGGAAACCCCUGGAGAGCCAUGCCCUGGAGCCGUCACCCAAAAAGAGGCUUUUUUUAACUGUCACAGACCAGCAGCCAAUGGAGAAAUACUACAGUAAUGAAAAAAUGGAGGCAAUGGACGAAAAAGAGGAUGAGGAUAAGGACCAGGAAGAAGACGAGGAUGAGGAAGGGGAGGAGGAAUAUACAGACAAUGAGGACCAAUAUGAACAGGAAGAGGUAGAAGUGAUUAAUGGAGAAGAGGAAGAGGUACAACAGGAAGAGGAGGAAGUGGUGGAGGAAGAGGAAGAAGUAGAAAGAGAGGAGGAGGAAGAAGAAGAGGAGGAGAUAGAAGAAGAUGAGCAAUACUAUGAGGAGCAAACUCAAGAAGAGAGUGACCAAAUGAAUCACAGUCUCAGCAAACCAAACCCCAUCAUGGAGAAGCAUGACAACAACAACGACGAAUAUGAAAACUACGAUGAGCUGGUGGCCAAAUCUCUGCUAAACCUCGGCAAAAUCGCUGAGGAUGCCGCUUACCGGGCCAUGACUGAGUCCGAGAUGAACAGCAACUCCUCAAACAGUGCAGAAGAGGAAGAGGAAGAUGAAGAUGAAGAUGAUGAGGAAGAUGAUGAAGAUGACGAGGAAGGUGAGUACAGCUUAAGAAAGAGUGAGCUGACUGUAGACGUCAACAGUGAUGUAGUGAGGGAGACCGUGGACUCGCUGAAGCUCCUGGCACAGGGUCACGGAGUCACACUCUCAGACAACCUCCAAGAGAGUCCAUAUCAGGAUGACGGAUUUGAAAACAGGGACUGUGGCAACAUCAAUGGUAAUGGACUCACUGGCAACUGUGGGCAGGGUAAACUCACUGUUAAUGGUCAGAUGGUGGAGAAAAGCGAUGAGGAAGUUUGUCUGAGCAGUUUGGAGUGUCUUCGCAACCAGUGCUUUGAUUUGGCACGUAAGCUAAGCGAGACCAAGCCAGCCGAGCGCCUCAAUAAUAACCAGCAGGUGUAUCAACUCUAUCAGGAGGCACAACAACAGCAUCAGAACCCUGAGGAACAUCGUGUCCUCGAGUGCAACUACUCAGACAUGGUGAACCUGAUGAAGCUGGAGGAGCAGCUCAGCCCACGCUCCAAGGCGUUCUCCAGUUGCGCAGCAGAGCACAAGGGCUUCCAGGACUGCGAUGAAGACACCACCUCUGUCAUGUCAGACCACUCGGAGGAAGUCUUUGACAUGACCAAGGGCAACCUGUCACUGCUGGAGAAGGCCAUAGCACUGGAGACAGAGCGGACCAAGGCCAUGCGGGAGAAAAUGGCUUCUGAAGCGGCCAGAAGAGAUAGACUGCAUUUGCGUGAGGACGCUUUGAGGCAUAGCUGUGCAGAGGAGCGGAAGAACCGUCUUCACCAUGACGGCCUGAAGAAGCCCUUCUUCCUUAAAGAUUCUUCACGUUCAGGGAAGAAAGACAGUCGUUGCCCGACACCUGGUUGUGACGGCACAGGUCAUGUGACGGGGUUGUACCCUCAUCAUCGCAGUCUGUCAGGAUGCCCCCAUAAAGACAGAGUCCCACCAGAAAUUCUUGCAAUGUAUGAGAAUGUUCUUAAGUGCCCUACGCCUGGCUGCACGGGCCGGGGUCAUGUCAACAGCAACAGAAACUCGCACAGGAGCCUGUCAGGGUGCCCAAUAGCAGCUGCAGAGAAACUGGCCAAAUUCCACGAGAAACACCCAUCCUGUGAUGGAACCAAAUCCAGCCAGGCUUCAGACCGAGUGCUCAGGCCGAUGUGCUUUGUGAAGCAGUUGGAGAUUCCACAGUAUGGCUAUAAAAACAACGUCCCCACGACAACCCCACGCUCCAACCUAGCCAAAGAGUUGGAGAAAUACUCCAAAACCAGCUUUGAAUACAACAACUACGGCAACCACAACGUCUACAGCAAACGACACACCGCUGCACCCAAACUCCACAGUCGAGACGCACUCCCCAAAAGUGAUGAUGUGAAGCGCUACUGUAAGAGCUCGAGUUCGGCGAGCAGCACUAGCAGCAGUUACGGGCCCAGCAGCAGCAGUCUGAGCUGUGGUGGAGGUGGAGCUAGAGGAGCGGAGAGCAGUGCCAGCAGCACCUGCAGCAAGAGCAGCUUUGACUACACACAUGACAUAGAGGCAGCGCAUAUGGCUGCUACUGCCAUACUCAAUCUCUCCACCCGCUGCAGGGAGAUGCCACAGAGCCUGAGCGGCAAAACCCUUGACAUCUGCACACAGUCUGAUGAUCUGGAUCCCUUCCAGGACAUUUUAGAUGACAGUCCAUACACUGCCGAUCUCAGUAUUCCCAGUCCCAAGCAUAAAUUCCCACCUUGCAAAGAAAGCAAAAAGGACCUGAUAACUCUUUCAGGAUGUCCUUUAGCAGAUAAAAGCAUUCGGAGUAUGAUGGCCACCAAUGCACAAGAACUCAAGUGCCCGACCCCGGGCUGUGAUGGCUCGGGACAUAUUACUGGCAACUACGCUUCUCACAGAAGUUUGUCAGGUUGUCCACGCGCUCGGAAGACUGGACUAAAGAUAACACACAGCAAAGAGGACAAAGAAGACCAGGAGCCAAUCAGGUGUCCAGUGCCUGGCUGUGACGGUCAGGGUCACAUAACAGGGAAAUACGCAUCACACCGCAGCGCGUCAGGCUGCCCUCUAGCGGCCAAACGGCAGAAGGAUGGUUAUAUGAACGGCUCUCAGUUCACGUGGAAAGCUGGAAAGACAGACGGCAUGUCGUGUCCCACACCAGGCUGUGAUGGGUCUGGUCACGUCAGCGGCAGUUUCCUCACACACAGAAGUCUGUCUGGCUGUCCGCGUGCGACUACAGCGAUGAAGAAAGCCAGACUGUCAGCAGUGGAGAUGCUCACCAUAAAACAACCAACUAGCAAUGGUUUUGACAGUGAUACAGACAUUCAACAGCUGGAUGAAGAUAUUAAAGAAUUAAAUGAAUCAAAUUCACAGGUGGAGGCCGAUAUGAUCAAACUUAGAACACAGAUCACCACAAUGGAGACGAAUCUUAAGUCACUAGAAGAAGAAAACAAGAAAUCAUCACUUCACAAAGAACCUCCAAUUAGAAAUAACAGCUGUUUACAGUUGCACCAGAGAGACCCAAUUAGUGAACAGAACUUUGACGCAUAUGUGAGCACGCUAACAGACAUGUACACAAAUCAAGAGCAGUAUCCGAGUCCAGAGAACAAGGCCCUGCUGGAGAACAUUAAACAAGCAGUGCAAGGCAUUCCAGUCUAGGGUCGCUUUUCUUAAACGAAGGAAUAAAGGGGACAAAAGACACUUCCAGAAUAAAUCAUAUGGGAUGCCUCAUGCUUUGCUGUUGUAGUUUAUCAAACAGUGAACAACAUACUGUAUAUUCUUUUAAAAAGUGUUAUGCUGACUUAACAUGAUUUGUAUUUGUAUUUAUUUUUCUGGCCUUGCUUUAACAAAAAAAAAAAAAAAAAAAAAUGAUCUGCAGAAUAGUUUUUGAAAACAUCCACAUUUUGUACGUUUUCAUAUGUGAAGUCAUUGCUCUUGCUGCUCAUUCAUGCACCUUUUAGUGUACUGUAUAUUUCUGAACAGUAAUGCAACCACUACUGAAUAUACUGCAUUCUUGCUUUUUUAUGCUUGCUGAGAGACAAAGAGUUAAAAAUCUCUACUUUACUGACAUUACUGAAAGGCCUUCUGUGCACAGAUUAUGAAAUGGCUGGAGGUUUUUUUUAUUGUUAAUAUCAAAUAGGAUGUGGAGUUUUGUUGUUAAAGUUGAUGUUAAAAACAAAAAUUGACUCUAUAUGAAUGUUUAUUUGAUACACCAAGACACAGAAAAUAGGUAAUGGAGAUCCUGUUAUUUAGCAAUGAACAUUUGUUUUAAAAAAACAAACAGAAAAAAGUCAAACAGAAAAUGACUAUUUCUGUUAGAAAUGCAUUGUCAUUUAAUUGCAUCAAAGUUUUUUUUUUUUUUUUUGGAAAAAGAAAAAAAUAUAGGUCUCAGCAAUAUAUGACUUAAACAUGUGUAUAAAAAGAGAUGCAAUCUAUGUGGUGGACAACAGUUUGGGUAUAUGCAAUUUCAUGUUUGUAAACAGUGGACGCUACAGAAUCUUUUUACUAUAUGUAAAUUAUUGAUCUUUAUAUAAAUCUUUUAAUACAAAGGUUUUAAAAGAAGGGAAACAUGGACAAUGUUUAGAGAUUAGAGACAGACAAUGAGUUUCAUCUUAUUUGGGACACCUUUGUGAAAGAAUAUAUAGACAAAGAAAAUGGGACCUACAGGGUUUUUGUCCCCACUUUUGUGCCAGAUGACUUUUUGCACUUGUCCAAGAGAUUUAUCCGACCUUUGGUUGAAGUGCAAUCUCCAAGUGUCCCUUUGGCACUCGAUUGGAAGGCGUAAUGACAGACAUUCCACGGUUAUGAGGAGAGAUCACAGGGAAUUCAAAAAGAAAUGAUGACAAUAUCUUUCCAAAAAAUAUAUUGUGAAUUUUGAAAUAAUGAUGCUAGUUAAUGUGUUCUAUAUAAUUGAAGAAUAAUCCCCAGCAGCACUUUAUGUCUCAUCACUGUACAAAUCAUCAAAGAGUCCUCAAUCAAAAUGAAGAGUUUUAAGUGGAUAAGAAAAAUGGGAUCGGAUGUUAGAUUCAACAGUAGAAUUUGGGGGUGUUGUGCACUGCAGUAUGCGCCCUUCAUUUCCAUUGUACUAUUAGCUGUAGCCACCAUGUUAAUAGCUUUUUGAGAGCUAAUGCGAAGGUGCUUGUUUUCAUUGUAUUAAUUUGUCCUAUUUUAGGGCUCCAUCAUUCAUUAGUGCACAGCAUCAGGUCUGCAACUUUUUCCAAUAUAGUAAUGCUUUCGAUAGAGAAAUAGCUAGGAUCAUUUUUUAAUAAAUUAUCAUCACCGGUACAAUGGAAAUUGGAUUUUAAGCACAAACAUGCUGCUCAUAUACUGUUGGUGCAUCAUAUUUAAAAAAAAAAUAAAUUAAAAAAGAAGAUAUCUGUGACUAAUUACCCGAGAUAAAACAAAAAUAUGUCACAUAUUAGAAUUCCGAAUUUACAUUUGAAUUUAUGAUUUUAUGGCUCUUAAAUUCUUCAUUUCGAGGUUGAUCUGUUUGAAUCAUCAAUGAUGAUGGGAUUUUAAACUAUCAGCUCUCUGUAGAACUGGAGUUUGAUUUAUUUUUGUAUGACACAGCAUGAAUUUGUUGACAUUUUAAUUUUACUACAAAUGUGUGAGAUCACAAGUUAUGGUGAUUUUUCAUUUUUACAUUGUGAAAUUUGUACAAUAUUUGUCAUGCUAGAUGUUGACACAUUGUACUCUGAAUAAAGAAAAAUUGUGUU